AUGUCACGAUAUCCUCCCCUUCCCCCAGAAUCGCUCACUGGCGAUCGACUAGAAUUACACAGCCACAUAGACUCAUCAUGCUGCAAAGUAUUCGGGGACAGCAACUCCUUGCCUUUUAUAAUGAAGGAUAGGAAUGGCUCUCUUGUGGGCCCUUUUCCAUUACUACUUCAUUCACCCGAGCCCCUUUUCGGCAUCGGUAUUUUCAACUACAUCAUGAAAUUUACCUCGCACCCGCUCCUUUCCGCCUUAGAACGCGAACUCGCCAUCUUAUCCGUAGGCGCACACACAGGUUGUGUGUACGAAAUAUACGCGCACUCCCUUGUGGCGCAGAAGGUCGGCCUUUCUGAUGCACAGGUCAAAGCCGCGGCUGAGGGUAAGAUGCCAGAGGGACUGAAUGAGAGGGAGGAAGCAGUGUUUGAGUUUGCGGGGAGACUGGCCCGGGGGAAAGGACCACUACCAGACGACGUGUUCGAGAUGGCAACGGGAUUGAUGGGGAAGGAUAGAGUUUUAGUGUUGGUGCAAUUGGUGGCUGUCUAUUCUUAUGUUUGUUUAAUGCUAAACGCCGGGGGUGUGGUUGUACCAGCGGGGGCGACCCCAGAUUCUUAG